AUGGUUUGUUCAGUCUGCGGCUCCGGCUCCGACAGGUCGCAGACGCCCGUCGAAGACCCGACCGUCGAAGCCAUCGAGGAGUGGUUGCAGCCGCUGCCCCUUGACUUCCAGCGCGCGCACGACGCAGCCAUAAAUGCGCGGCACCCGGGAACCGGCACCCGCUUCCUCACAGAAACGUCCGCAUUCACCGACUGGCUCGACGGACCGUCCUCCUCCUCCGCCAAGACGCUGCUUUGCACCGGCGCUGCGGGGUCCGGCAAAACCACCACGGCUGCCGCCGCCGUCGAGUUUCUGAAAGAGCGUUUCGCUGACAACGAAACCGUGGCCGUCGUGGGCGUGUACUUCGACUACCAGGACCGCCAGGUGCAGACGCUGGACCGCGUGUAUGCGACCAUCGCGCUGGAGCUCGCCAAGGAGGUGCAGGAGUUCCCGGAUGACUUCGUCUACGAUGGCUGGCCCAAGCUUGUCCGCGAUGACCAGCGCUCGGCUGCGGAGAUCUCGACCUUGGUGGGCGCUUUGGUGCCGGCGUUCGGCCGCGUAUUCCUUGUCGUCGAUGGACUGGACGAGCUGGAGGAUGAGCCGGAGCUGGCGAAGAGGCGCGAGCAGUUUCUAGCGGAUCUUGCGGGGUGGCAGAAGGAUGAGGAGCUGUGGGUGAUGGUUUCGUGCGAGUCUGAGGCUUCUGUCAAAGAUGUGUUUGAGAGCUACUCUACGAUGGAAGUCGCGCCUGAUAGAGUGGACUUGGAGCUCUAUUGUUGCCAUCGGUUUGCUGAGUUUUCCCUCGCCUUCUCGGACGGCCCGGGGUUGCAACAAGAGAUUCAACAGAGCCUGGAAAUUCUUUUUGGCGGAAACUUUCUUGCCACGAAGCUGUGCCUGGACUAUCUUGCCGCGACCGAAGAUGGAAGAAUAAUGAAAGAGAUGGUUGACGGGCUGCACGAUUCCAUGCAGGGAGAUACUCUGGAUGCAGUAUAUGGGUUUAAUGAAGAUGGCACUGCAUGGUCUGAAGGAGAGGUGCCGCACAUUGAUGACGUGAUAUCGUCUUGUGCUGGGCUUGUGUCGGUGGAAGCUGAGACCGAGAAGCUUCGUUUGCUACACAAGAGCGCAUUCAAUUACUUCAGGGCCAAUGCGGAUGAGUGGAUGGAGCCCGGAGAGAAGGCCAUGGCCAUGGGGUGCAUGAAGUAUCUUCAGAUGGAAGAACCGGAAGAUGUAUUUUGCCAUGACGUUUGGGACGACAUGGACGAGCGAGAGCGCUAUUUCCGUGAGUGGCCACUUGCGGACUAUGCACUACACUUCUGGGGGAACCAUGCGCAUGAGGUGCAAAACGACCCCGAUGUCCAGGAAAUGGCAUUGAAGCUUCUCGACCACAGGCCAGCUCUCAAACGGAUACAUAAUGCCGCGUUUGAAGGCCUAAAGGACCCUAGCGGAUACUCCUACUCUUUCGCAUGGCAUCUACCAAUCGGGAUUCUGACUCUCUUCGGACUGGAUCAAGCCCUAGACCUCUUUCUAGCGAUGCAAGUGAACCGAGUUAGUCAAUGGAUGGACAGGACGCUGAAGACAGCAAUGCAACUUGCCAUCGACCGCAACGAGAUUGAAACAUUCAAGAUCCUCGUCAAGUUCAUCCAGCGAACCGGAAGACUUGGAUACUCAGAGUUGACCUCCGUCACUGGACCAAUAUGGCACGCAGCAAAUGCUGCCAACUACAAAGCCGUAGAGGCUGCAUUCGAUAUUAUUGAUAUGACUGGGGAAUACCGGCAAGAUAUUCUUGAUCGGGUGAUGAACGAAGCCAUCGAGAAAAAGUCCAUGGAAGCAGCAAGCUUUGUGGUCAGACGGAGCGACUUCUCGCCUUCGCCUCACCAUCUGUUCGAAGCAAUCAAACAAGACAUGCCAGAGCUCAUCGAGCUACUUCUCACACGCCCUGAAGUAGACCCUGAGGUGCUCAAUGACGAUAGAAGGACAACCCUUGCAUUUGCUGCAUUUUUGGGACGGGCUCGUAUUUUUGACAUUCUUCUGGACUCUGGCAAAGUGGACCCAGCCAUUCGGGAUAGAUCUGGUUGUACAGCUCUGGCUUUGGCAGUUGAGAGAGCCUGUGGACACCACGGCGACGAGGAUUCCCCAUUCAAACACAUAAUUGGUCGCCUGCUCCAGCUUGACACGGACGUCGGGCUCAACGAUAAGGACAAAAAGGGCUGGACAUUGCUGACGCAUGCCGCGCGCUCAGGAGAUGUUGGAGUCUUUUCUCUACUGCUGGACCGCCUUGGCGAAGAACUGGAUAAGAGAGACCCCAGCGGCCGGUGUUUGGUGUCACAUGCUGUUGAGGGUCCCUGGUACAGGAUGGAAGUCCUGAGCAUGCUCAUCAACCAGCUGGGCCUUCCGGUCAAUCUUCAAGACAACAAGGGGAAGACGCCGCUCAUCUGGGCGGCAGAAAAAAGUGGGAUGCGAAGCGAAGCCAUCGAAUGCUUACUUAAAAGUGGUAAAGACGUAGCCUUGAACCACAGAGACCACUCUGGCCGCACUCCUCUUUCGUACGCCGCUCAAGACAGGGGGCGCGGUUUCGAUGCACUUGUAGAUGCCGAGGACAUUGACCCAAAUGUCCAGGAUGAACAAGGACGCACUGCACUGUGGUAUGCCUGGGACAUCGACUCUGCAGAAACAUCGCCUUUCACCAAGCUCAUACGACACCCAAAAACAAACCCAAACAUACAGGAUAAGAGAGGACAGACAAUCCUGAUCCACAAGGCCGAGGCCUCAAGGUCGUGGGGAAUGAAAACAGUUUUGAGCCACGAAAUGACGGACCCCAACAUGGUGGAUGAAACAGGCAGAACGGCCCUCUUCUACGCCGUGUUCGACCAUUACCAAACCGUCGAAACCAUGAUCAGCCACCCUGCAACAAAUCCAAACGUUGUUGAUGCGGAUGGGCGCACUCCUCUUUCUCAUGCAGCCGAACAUGACCAUCAGGGUAGCUUUGUGGAGGAACUACUGAAGCACCCAGACACUCUCGUUGACAUCCCCGAUAAUGCCGGACUGACGCCACUUGACUACGCCGGGAUGACCACGUUAGCCUUUCUUGAAACUGUCGCUCCGCUCGUAAUACGCUUCCUUCAGGAGACAAAGUCUAGCGAGAAACAGCAUCGGCGUGCCAGAUUCAUCCGUGGGGCUAACAAGGCCCCGAGAGGUGGCACGACGCUGUUGGUUUUGGCGAUGCGCUACUCCGAAAAGCAUCCAGAACUUGUGCAGGCAUUGAUAGAGGAGCCGGGUAUCAACAUUAAUUGCAGGGAUACCAGGAACAAAACACUGUUUUACAUGGCGCUUUGGAAUCUCGACGUCGCGGCCAUGCGUGCUCUUCUUCGCCGGCCGGAUCUUGGCACCGGGAACGACACUGACAGGGAUGACCUCGAAAGCGCUAUGGAAUUUCGUCGCGGACCGUCUCUCACGGAGGAGAAGGCCGACAUGGUAUCUGAAGCAGAAGAGCUUCUGAAACAGUACCUCUCGCGUGGAGCGUGUGUUGGUGGUCGUGUUCUUUAG